AUGAUCGUGGGCAAAAAUUUCUGGGAUGAGGAGAAGGACGCGCCUAUUCUGAAGCGAAAUGGAAAUUACAUUAAUAAGGAAAACUGUGAAUAUGUAUGCAAGCGUGCAGAACAUUUCUACAAAAUAAUGUUAAGUUACAUUAAGGAGGACAUUAAUGUGGAAAUUCGAGAAGAUUGUAAUGAUAAGGAGAUUCUGAGGAUAAUAAAAUUAGACGCUGAAAGGACUUUUAACAAGGAAGAAAAUAGAUCAUUACUAAUCGAAGUGCUACAGUCCAUUUAUCCAAUAACGAAUGAUUACCACCAAGGCAUAUCAUUUAUCUCUUCAUUUUUAUUGCUUUUCUUAGAACCAAGAGAAGUGGUAAAAAUUAUUACCGGUUUACACAGAUAUUACUUACCAGGGUAUUUUAAGGCAAUGCCCAAGGCAUACGUGAGGGAUUCUCGUGUGUUCUUAAGUAUAUUAAAUCACUUCCAUCCAAAUUUAUAUGAACAUAUAAAAAAUUUAAUAACUCCCGAAGCUUUCGUUUCUAAGUGGUUCAUUGGGCUCAAUGUGCACGUCUUGACAUUCGAAUCGCUUAUGUUAUUUUUCGAGCAUUUGCUGAAAGAAGGAGAAAUAUUUUUGUUUAAAUAUAGUAUUGCUUUGUGCAGAACUUUGGAACAAGAAAUUAUGAAUACAAAUGAUGUUUCCAAACUUCUAGCGCUGUUGCGAUUAGACCAGAAACUUUUCCCCAAUGAUUAUAAAAAGUCCGACGCGCAGAAAAUUGGAGAUUUUUUUUUAAACAUUAUUGAAGCUUCGUUAAAAGUAGACAUGACAAACAUCGACUUGGACAAAUUGAGGGAAGAAGCAUGUGAGCAGAUGAGGCUGGAGGAGGAGAGGAGGAAGCAAAUUGAGAUGGAGCGUCUUUUAACAGAUGACGAAAUUAUUUUUUCCGAUGAGGAGGAGGAGGAAGACGAUUUAGAUGAUGAUGACAAAGGCGAUUCAGACGUGACGCGGAGCGAGAAGGGGAACAAAUCGGACCACGAGGAUACUUUGGAAAAAUCGCUUCAUGUGGAGAUCAACAAAUUGCAGCUUGACGAGGCCAACAAGGUCAAACCAGAAGACGCAAAGGAGAAAGCAAUUUCGAGUGGAGAGGCCCAAAAAAGUGAGAACAAGGACAUGGAAAAAAGGGAGUGUGAAGAGGCGGACUGCAUUUAA